UGCACAGCUCAGAAGAAGAACGAGCCUCUGAAGUGAAAGCGCAAAAUCCCGUGUGCUAGCAUUACUGGCUAGCAGUUGUGAGUUUACGGAAAACAUGGACUGGAAUCAGACCUGGUUGAGUCCAGUGGUUCGGGACGCUGAGGUGACCCGUGCUGCCCGCAGAAAGAGUUCACACAAAAAAGUUGCAUUCCCACUGGCACAGGAUGACACUCCUGGCACCAGCACUACCCCUGCUAGACCACUACUGCGCCAAACACCUGGAUCUCUGCUUAAACAAACUUUCACCCCAAGAAGUGCCCUCAGGAACCCAGAUGUGUCGGCCAUCCUCGGGACAGGAAGCAGAACUCCUCGCUUCGUCAACACACCCCGUACCAAAGGCAGUCUGAGCAUGAACUUGGAUGACAGUGAUUGGACAAACAGUCUUUACCCGUCUCCUCUGUCUGGACUGGUGGACACCAGCUUCACUGAGGAUGGCAGCAUGAGCGCUCUCAUGCUAAAGGAAGAUGAUCCCGGAGAGGCUGCUUCUCUCAGUUUGUUUCCUGAAUUUCUGCAGUCAUAUUUGCGUCAUGCAUCCACAGCUGUGUUUGAUCUAUUGGAGGAUUAUGAGGCUCUCUGUCAGGAUAAGGUUAGUAUGUUGCAGAAAAUGGUUCUUCGAUCGGCCCCUGGUCAGCAGAAAUCCUCCAAGACGGUCAGCAUUACCUGGUUGCUGCAGCAAGAGAUGGUGACCUGGAGGCUCAUCACCUCGCUGUACAGAGACAGAGUACAGACGGUUUUAGAAGACGACAUCAUGAUGGAUAUAACUAUGCCCACUGAGAGUGAGAAGGCAGUAAUGGAGCAGUUCUUCCAGAAGGACAGUCUGGUGCGACAGAGCCAGCUGGUGGUGGAUUGGUUGGAGAGUAUCGCCAAAGAUGAGAUAGGAGACUUCUCUGAUAACAUUGAAUACUACGCCAAAUCUGUGUACUGGGAGAACACGCUCCACACCCUGAAGCUGAGGAGGAAUCAGUCCAGCGGUGGUUUCAGUAGGCCCCUGGUCACAGAGCUGGACCCCGAUGCUCCCAUCAGACAGAAGAGACCACUGGCAGACCUGGACAGAGAGGAUGACUCUCGCCUGCUCAAAAAUCUCUUUAACCUCAUAAGAGCUGGCAUGACUGAUGAGGCUCAGAGACUGUGUAAGCGCUGUGGUCAAGCCUGGCGUGCUGCCACCUUGGAAGGCUGGAAGCUGUAUCAUGACCCCAACAUCAACGGAGGAGGUGGAGAGCUUCAGUCUGUGGAGGGGAAUCCACAUCGAAGCGUGUGGAAGGUUUGCUGUUGGAGAAUGGCAGAGGAGGAGCAGUUCAACAAAUAUGAAAGAGCCAUCUAUGCUGCACUGAGUGGAAACCUCCAACAGCUGUUACCUGUGUGCGAGUCGUGGGAGGACACGGUGUGGGCGUAUUUCCGGGUGAUGGUGGACACUCUGGUAGAGCAGGAGAUCUGUUCUUCCGGUCUGGGCAGUGAAGAGCUGGAGGAGCUGCCCAGAGAGUUCCUGGAGACCAAUUGGACAUUGGAGAAAGUCUUUGAAGAGCUUCAAGCAACAGAAUCCAAAAGGGUCCUGGAUGCAACCAAGGAACAUUACCAUGUGAUUCAGAAGUUUGUCAUUCUUGAAGAUCUUGAUGGUCUUCUGGAGGAGUUUAGUGAUUGGUUAGGAAGAAGUACAGCUUUGCCAGUUCAUCUGUUGCGCUUCAUGUCACAUUUAGUGUUGUUUUAUCGCAGUUUGGGCAUGCAACUCAAGGAGGAGGUGUGUGUAGAUGUCCUAAAGACCUACAUCUCCCUGUUAGUGAAGGAAAAGCAGGUGGAUCUCAUUGCAUUUUACGUCAGUCACCUCCCUGCUGACAUGUCCGUGCCACAGUACGCUCAGUUCCUGGAGGAAGUCACUGAGACUGAGCAGCGCAAACACUGUCUGGAGCUGGCAACACAAGCAGGUUUGGAUGUGGCAGCGAUCACAAAAACAGUAGUAGAGACCAUCAGAGAGAGAGACACGGAUGAGUUUGCUCACCAUGACCUGACCCCUGCAUUGGUUUAUAUAUUUUUCGUAGCAUCUAAGAAGCAUGACGCUGCUAAGAUGGUCUUCACCAAAGUGCCUGAAGAUUCCAUGCGGGAAAUCUACCACCAGUGGGAGGAGCAGGGCAUGGACACGCCCCUUCCUGCCGAGGAGGAGAAUGCUAUUCGUGAGCAUCUGUGCAUCCGUGCCUAUCUGGAAGCUCACGAAGCUUUUAACGAGUGGUUCAAGCACAUGAACUGUCCUCCGGUGAAACCCACAGCACCUGCUCAAGCUAAGUUUACAGAGAAGGUGGCCUAUGAGAUGAAAGAAGCAGAGUACAAGAUGGAGUAUGAGAACUGGCAGGGGCGUCUGGGAGCGCUGACAGAGGAUGUGAAGGAGAGGAUUUAUAAUGUGCUGCUGUUUGUAGAUGGAGGUUGGAUGGUGGAUGUCAGAGAGGACGCUGAGGAAGACUCUGAGCGUGCUCAUCAGAUGACUCUGCUGCGGCGUUUGUGUCUGCCCAUGAUGUCGUUCCUUUUGUUAACCGUUCUGCAGCGCACUGAACGCCACCAGGAGAGUCUGCGGCUGGCUGACAUCAUCGCCUCUGACCAACACAGAUUAUAUGAGGUUUUUUCUAAAGAGGAGCUGCAGAAGUUUCUCCAGAAGAUGAGGGAAUCCUCUCUACUCUUGCUGGAUAAAGGGCUGGAUCCUCUUGGAUAUGAGAUUCAGCCCUAGACACUGUUUGUUUCUCGUGCUGUUUAUGUCCUCAGGAAAAAAAAUUAAAAGCUUUGUAAUUUUGUAUUUGAAUAAAGAUUCAUUGUUGUGAAUUUGGUAAAUUGUUUAACUGGAGAGGCA